UAUGUGAUGCCUCACUUUAGCGCAACAGGUUCUGAUAGAUAAAUGUGACAACUCCUAUCAAUGUAGGAAGAAGAAGAAUGCUGUCCCCGUUUUAUCCCUUUUGCACCGAGCAGGAGAUCAACUCAUGGGAUGUAGUGGAUGCAGAGUCAGGUUCAACUUUGGCAAGGUCCUCUCCAAAGUCUCGGUGUUUUUUACCAUGGUUCUGAUUUUCACCUACUUAUUCUACUGCCUAUCCGGACUCUGCGAUUCGGCUCCGAGAACUUUAUACAGACAACAAGCUUCAGAAUAUGACAUUCUGGACGAUCACCGCCGCGUUUUGGACGAGCUGCGACCAUCGCCGCGUCUCCUCCCCGACGCACCGUCUCACCGGAACCGCACAGCCUCCGCGGACGCAGAGCAGGUGGACGCGCCGGGACAGCUGCCUCAACACAUUUCGGACAGCACAAAAGAGGGCGCCCAGAGCAUCCCCGUGUCCAACACUUUCGGGACCAAAAGGUUCCCACAGGCGAUUAUAAUCGGUGUGAAGAAAGGAGGAACCCGCGCCCUGCUGGAGUUUCUCCGCAUCCACCCAGACGUGAGAGCGGUCGGCGCGGAGCCUCACUUCUUCGACAGGUUUUAUGAUAAAGGACUGGAGUGGUACAGGAACCUGAUGCCUCGGACGCUGGACGGCCAGAUCACCAUGGAGAAAACACCCAGCUACUUUGUCACAAAGGAGGCUCCUAGCCGUGUCUGCACUAUGAACUGCCAAACCAAGCUCAUUGUGGUGGUCAGGGAUCCCGUGACGCGGGCUGUAUCUGACUACACUCAGACGCUGUCCAAGAACCCAGGACUUCCAUCUUUCCAGAACCUGGCUUUAAAAAACUCUACCACAGGUCUGAUUGACACAACGUGGAGCGCUGUGCGCAUCGGCCUCUACGCCAAACAUCUGGAGAACUGGCUUCAGCACUUCCCCUUGUCUCGUUUUCUGUUUGUUAGCGGAGAGCGGCUGGUGUCUGAUCCGGCUGGGGAGAUGGGCCGUGUUCAGGACUUCCUGGGUCUGAAAAGGGUUGUUUCAGACAAACACUUCUACUUCAACCAGACAAAAGGUUUCCCCUGCUUGAAGAAGCCCGAGGGGAGCAGCAGACCACGCUGCCUUGGAAAGUCUAAGGGCAGACCCCAUCCUCAAAUCCCCUCCGAGGUCCUGCAGAGGCUCAGAGACUUCUACAGGCCCUUCAACCACCGUUUCUACCAGAUGAGUGGACAAGACUUUGGCUGGGACUAAUAGUGGAGAUUCCUGUCAGAUUAAUACAGUUUGACUGUUCAAUGCUCCACAGGACUAACGUUCUCAGGGACGCGGUACAGGAAUACAAAGUCCACAAACUGAAUUCUGCCUCAGUGGACUCAACAUGACAUGCAGCAGUACAUCACUGUUUUGUUGUAGAGUAGAAGCCAACAUGAACACAGAGCUACCAAUAUGCAAGUUACACACAUGGCUUAAUUAUUAAACCAUUUUUAUGCUUGUAUGUUAAUGUCAAUGUUCUACAGAAAUGAGAAACAAAGUAUGUACCAAAGGAAAAAAACAUUCCCUUUGAAUAUAAUUUUUGACUUUUGUUAUAAAAUAAGCUGAUAUUUAUAGUUUCUGUUGAUUUGAAAUGCAACAGUUACAGAUUUCUUUUAUGAAUUUCUUUUAUUUAUUUCACAAGGCAAGACAUACAACUGAAUAUGUUUUCAUUGACAGGACAUAAUAAAAAAAUGUCAUACUCCGUGACAAACCACUAUGUCUUUUUAAUUAUUAGCAGUGUUACUUUGACUGCAUUUAUAUGUUCAUCCAUUUACUGUUUCCACAUGUAAUUAAAAUGUUACAUAUCUAAGUUUGAUGUUGCAGGGUAUUUCUCUGUACAUUACAGUAGAUAUAACAAUGAUACCUCAUCUGUAAAUAUUUAAUGUGUUCAGAAACCCCACACAUACAUGCAUUUAAUUUUUAGACAUUUGUAGAUAUUUAUCCCAUCAAAGCCACACAUAUUGUAAUUGCCUGGACAGUACUAACUGUAUCCACUUUUACUUACAAUAAAUGACUGUUCUGAUCUGUGAUUAUUGUGAA